AUGUUGUGGCCGUUGACGAUUCUCUCCGUGGCCGUGCUGUACGUUGAUACAGUUCAGGCGACUGCUUCAUGGUCGGACAACGUAAAGGGACAAUCGAUUGACGGAGAGGGGACCGGAGAGGAUGGAACUGAGGUCAUGCGUCACCCCCCAGCAAUUGCCACCGCUCACGGUGGAGGCGGCACUGACCGAGGACAUCGGGACCGACGACGAAAAGAGCACGCCGGGCACGUUCAAGUAGCUCCGUGGAAUUCAGGGUUGCAACUGGUAAUUGAGCACCCUACAAUGCUCACUGUAUCCCCGAGAGUAACUCGAAGAGCCAAAUGGAGGAAAGUUCUUGUGGAGUUGCUUCCUGCAGUUGCUUUCGCUGGCCUUCUGGCAUACUUAGCGCUCAGGAGACAGCCACUAAUCAAUGUAAGUAGCAUUGCACGUGGUUUGGCGCCUGAUAGUGCCGCAAGGGAGAGAGGGGAACCGUGGUGGCGAAGGAGAUCGCCCUUCGUGCCUCUGCCGGUGGAGGAAGAGCCAUUCUACGACAUUGAUACAGGUGUACACACGGACACGGAGGAUGAAUGA